CUCUCCUGCCAAACCAGUAAAUAUCAGGCGAGCUAACAGACACAGGCUGUUUAGCUGCUCUCUGCUUCAGUCAGAAUAGAAAAAUGUUUUAUUAUCUAACUUAGCCAGCUAACAGUCCGGCGUCUGUUGGUUCUGUGCUGUGCUUCGCCAAGCGAUGAACCGGCAGAAUCAGUCGUGACUGUAAAGGAGGCUCGUCCAUUUAAAUCUGUGGUGACUUAGCUAGCUUCACAGGUUAGCUUAGCGCUAGCAAGCUGCGUCUAGAGGAGCUUUCGUUGCUAGUGACUAUGCAAGGGGAAACUACGGCUAUACGAAUCACGGAAAACGAAGGCAAGCUGGAUGUAUUUCCCCAGAACAGGACCCCAAGCUCGGGGAGAGCAAGUGCCAAAAGCUGGCAGUACAGUGACCACAUGGAAAAUAUCGAUGGCUACCUAAUGAAAUACACCAAUCUGGUGACAGGGUGGCAGUACAGAUUCUUUGUGUUGAACAAUGAGGCGGGCCUGCUGGAGUAUUUUGUCAAUGAGCAGUCGCGGCCACAGAAGCCCCGCGGCAUGCUGCCCCUGGCUGGAGCCGUCAUCUCCCCCAGUGAUGAAGACUCGCAUACAUUUACUGUCAAUGCCAUCAGUGGAGAGCAGUACAAGCUCAGGGCCACCGAUGCCAAAGAGAGGCAGCACUGGGUCAGCAGACUGCAGAUCUGCACACAACAUCACACAGAGGCCAUGGGGAAGAGCAAUCCCCCACCUAAGUCCCGGAGCUACUCCAUGGCGUCUCAAGGCAGCGGCAGCUCACCCAUGAGCCUGCGCCGGCCCAGCCAAAACCCGGCCUCCUUGUUUGGCUGGUCGCAGGUCCACAAGGGCUCGUCACUCUACUCCAGCAAGAGGUCUCUGCUGCCAGACCACCUGAUGGACGCCAGAGAGAUGAUGACCCAGGCCCAGGGCCAGCACAGAGACCUGAUACAGAGCAUCGAGGGCCUUCCCGCCGCCCCAGGCCUCUCCCCUCUAGACCAGGAUCUGUUGAUGCUCAAGGCCACUUCCAUGGCCACCAUGAACUGCCUCAACGAGUGCCUGCACAUCCUCCAUCUGCAGCAGGUGGCCAGGCAGAGAGGCUCCCUGGGAGGACCCACCAUCGAGUGGCUGGAGCCCAAACUGCCCGACAUCCUGAAGAAUGGCAGCAGCUCCCUGGGCAGCUUCACCACAGGGGAGGGCGCGCUGGAGGGGAGCCGCUUGGAGCUCAGCAGCCCCGAGUCCUGCAGCUUCUCUGGGGAACAGGAAGACAUAGAUGCAGACGAUGAGGCGGAGGACUGCUUCACGGACAAAGAGGAGGAUUUGGGUGCUGUGGAGGAGGAGCGCAGCGUCAUCCUACACCUGCUGUCGCAGCUGAAGCUGGGCAUGGACCUCACACGGGUGGUCCUCCCCACCUUCAUCCUUGAGAAGCGCUCUCUGCUGGAGAUGUACGCCGACUUCAUGUCCCAUCCGGACCUCUUUGUGGCCAUCACUGACGGCAGCAGCCCGGAGGACCGCAUGGUCCGGUUCGUGGAGUACUACCUCACCUCCUUCCACGAGGGCCGCAAGGGCGCCAUCGCCAAGAAGCCCUACAACCCCAUCAUCGGCGAGACCUUCCACUGCUCCUGGAAGGUUCCCAGGAGACCAGACGCCUCCAAGGAGCCUUCACAGGGAAGCCCCGACCCUGCCGCCGCCACCCAGGACCCCUACCAAGUGCGCUUUGUGGCGGAGCAGGUGUCCCAUCAUCCCCCUGUGUCGGGUUUCUACGCUGAGUGCCAGGAAAGGCGGAUGUGCGUGAACACGCAUGUGUGGACGAAGAGCAAGUUCAUGGGGAUGUCCAUUGGAGUGUCUAUGAUCGGGGAAGGCUGUCUGUAUUUGCUGGAGCAUGAUGAAGAGUACACCUUCACUCUGCCCUGUGCCUAUGCACGCUCCAUCCUCACUGUUCCCUGGGUGGAACUGGGCGGCAAAGUCACCAUCAGCUGCGCCAAGUCCGGCUACUCGGCAGUCAUCACUUUCCAGACUAAACCCUUUUAUGGCGGCAAGUUACACAAGGUAACGGCAGAGGUGAAGCAUAACCCCACCAAUGCGGUUGUCUGCCGUGUGCAAGGCGAGUGGAACGGUGUUUUGGAGUUCAGCUACACCAGCGGAGAGACGAGGGUGGUCGACGUCACCAAGCUGCCGGUGACGAGGAAGCUCGUUCGGCCGACUGAGAAGCAAGGGCCAACCGAAUCCAGGCGCCUGUGGCAGCAUGUGACGGAGUCCUUGCGGCAGAAAGAUAUUGAAAAAGCCACGGAGCACAAGAGGAUCCUGGAGGAGAGGCAGCGGACGGAGGAGAGGCACCGUGCUGAGACCGAAACCGCCUGGAGGACCAGAUACUUCGACAGAGAGGGCGAAGGCUGGGUUUAUCACAAGCCACUUUGGAAAAACUCUGCUUUCAGAUCCUAGUUUCUCCAGUCUGUGUUUUGGAUGUCGAUAUUGUAGAUUCAAGAAUGUGUGCGAGCGCGUGUGUGUGCACGCAUGUGGUCGAGCGAUUAUGAAAUGAAAGCAUGACCCGCACUGACGUACAGAUGAAUGCGACAUUGGAGGAGAAGGACAGAGAGAUGGCGUGACGGAAGGUGUUCGAAAUCAUGAUGUUCACAAAGCCUCCUAGUACAAGUUUUUGUACUGCUGAUCAGUCGUUUUUUUUGUUUUCUUUUUAUAAUCCAAUAUCAUGGAAAACAUGUUCUUGUACAGAUAAUGGUACUUUAUUUACACAGCCUUAACAUAGUCUGAUGAAUGAAGCUCUGAGUUUGAUUGACCCGGAUAUGGUUCUUUUCUUCUUCUUUUUUUAAGCUCACGCGAGGGUGAAGUUGACUUUUGAGGAGUUUCUUCUUAAAAUAACAAAGAAAACCCCAGAUCAUCCUUUGUUUUAAAUUGGAUUUUGUAUAUUUCAGUGUAAAUGGUCAAUCCCACUAAAACAGAAACAGUUCCCACUGUUAAUAUUGAGUAUAUUUACAUGCACACCGUUUUUUGAUCUGGGCAAUACUUUGACUAUAACAUUUAUAUAACAUUUAAAAGGAGAAAAAGCAGCAGUGAAAGAUUAAACAUGUUAUUAAAUGCAUUCAUUUUGGGAGACAGAUUUAGGGAGGAGGAGCUUCGAGUUCUUAUAAUGCAUCUGAUUAAAUUGAACAUUUUAAAACUGUCUGAAAUCACUUCAUUUUUAUCAUACACGUCAUUGCAUUUACCGUGGCACCAUUGUGUUGUAUUGUAAAUGUAUCCACUAUAGUUCACUCAAUAAUUUCAGGCUUUCUUGAUUCAUUUUUGGAAGAAAAAAAAAAAAUCUCCAAUCCUGACGUUAUAUAACCCUUAUGAUCGCUGUAGCCAUGUUUCCUCUGCAGGAACUUUUCUCCAGGGACUAGAAACCUUUAGAGGAAUUUCCAUCAAAUUGGCCAGGGUCUAAAUUCGGUCCUAGGUAAAUUCUACUGUCCAAAAGGUUUCUGCUUAUGGUGAAACGUUCUUUGUGGGGUUGCAGCAGUGAAUAUUUCAAAUUGACUCUUGCAAUGUCGCCUGUUCCUCACUUUAUCUUGUCAGCUCUGUUGUAAAAAUGUGAAUAUUACCACCACCUACUGGACGUUUGUUGUAUUUGGUGCCUGAAUUCUGCAAGAACUCUGGACAGGCAUGAGGUAUUAACUCCAAAUACGGCAAAACAGCAACAAAUAGCAGUUACUCGAUGUAACUAAAACAGCAACUCAAAGACGACAUCAAGAGGGCGGGAUAAAUGACACUUAUUGUCUUUUUCUGAAUUAACCAAUCAGCGUUGAGCUCUGCUAGCCUUUUUUCUUCCCCAAAAAUAUCCUCGAAAGAACUUCUACAGGGGCAGUUCUUGCAAAAGAACGAGGCUUAUAGUCGCACAAAAUAAUACUUCAAUACUGACUUUUUCAUGUGUCAGCAGACUAAUUUGCCUAAAUUAAAUUCCUGGUAGCUUUAGGUGGGAAACACAGCUUAUGACAUCAACAAGAGCCACAAAUUAAAUUACUGAAAGUCCCUUUUUUAAGCAUUUAUCGCUGUAUAAUCAUGAUUUCUGACACAGUUGAUUUAUCUGUAAACAAGUAUGGUUUGGACUGAGCAAAGAUAAUAUAAAUUGCAGACAAGCAGCGUACAUUUUUACUUUUAACACUAAAUAAUAAUGCUAAAUGACAAAUUGCUCUAUUAACAUGUAUACUGAAUCUGACACUACAUCAAAUAGUCAAAGUAUUUCCUUACUUUUUGUUCAAUUCAAUUCAAUUCAAUUCAAUUUUAUUUAUAUAGCGUCAAUUACAGUCAAAUCGUCUCAAGACGCUUUACAGAACCCAUAUGCCUUGUUGAUUUUAAAAUCGUGCUUUUGUAUCCACAGUGCUUUCUGAUUUAAAUCAAUUCAGCUCGAAAUUUUCGUUUAAUCACUGCUGAAUGCUCCGGACGUUGAUCUGUUUAUCGACGAGGUCACACUGCUGGAAUGGCAUGUCGUAGACUAGCUGACAAGUAACCAAAUUUUACCGAAUAAUGAAAUGAUCGUGAAUGCAUCUAAAAUUCGCUGCUUUUUGUUUUAUUUUUUUCCCCCUGUGGUUUUGCAGUGUUUCUGGGGGAAAAAACUACCCUACAUGCAUGAUCGCAAAGUCUCUCCAUUCACGUCGAUUGCAGCAAAUAUACAUCUUGUGUCUGCGUUCUUUCAAUGUCUGUCGUAAAAGCUUUUAACCAAAUUUGCUUGUUUUGUAAUGCAAAUAAAUAUUUUCUUCGAAUGCGUGUCCCCCCCCCCAUCUUUAAUUGCUCUUAUUUUUAGAGCCACUUUUUUGUACAGACGCUCAAAUUUCUUCGUGUUUCCUUCUGAAGCCUACUAUGCUGUGAUGUACACCUCAUUUGUUGCCCUCUAAAACGACACAUCUGAAGCUAAUUCUCCACAGAAAGAGGACGCCCACCCUGCCAUUGAUAAGCUACUCCCUCCCAGUCUCGGUGCCUUAUGCAACUCUUUCUGUGCGUGUCUUCCGGCGGAGCAGCACAGCGUUUCCAUCGCUUCAUUUACCUGAUCGAUGCAAUGGCAUAUGCAUUGUUUGUGUGUGUGUGUGUUUGAUUUGUAUUUGUUUUAAGAAUCAGUGCUCGAUGCUGAGAAGUGGACUGAGCACUUGUUGACCUAUGAAAUGCACUGACAUUGAUGGAAACCUGAUGUAGAAAAAUGGACAUGUGUGAUAAUAUUAGAAUAAAUUGCGUAUCAGUUGUA